CGCUUUUUCUCUUUUGCAAGAAGCAUGCAACUUUCCAAGAAAAUUCCAAGAAACUUCAAGCUCUCCCUUGAUCUAAAUCAUCCGAAGAAAUUAUCAAAAUUUGUAUUUUUAAUAGGGAUGAUUUUAAUUGAAUCAGGAGGAAUAUCGUACUUUUGCAAAUUGCACCCUGACCCAGUUUCACUAAAGUGAAGGAGUGGUUGAGAAUUAUAUAUAGUCAAGGGUCAAAUCUUAAGGGCGAAUCUAAUAUGGACGCUAGCUGGAGGGAAGGAGACGUGUGCUGGCGGAUAACUCGGCACGGACUCAUCUGGUCAAACGAGGUGAGGCACGAACCAGCGAGCGAGUGAGACCGAGUCGGCGAGCGUUGAAGCUUUCUUUUUCUCCUCCCUCCUCGAUCGCUAUAAGAGCAGGCGGAGGACACCGGAGGAACGAGUUGGUGGGAAGAAAAGAGGAAGAAGACAUGAUGAAGUCCACCCGGGCUUUUUCUAGGCCUGAGCCGAGGCGAGCCGGCAAUGCCUUCGUCAUAACCUCCAUGCUCCUCUCUCUCUGCGUCCUUUCUCUCGUCAGAGCUCGCUAUUCCUCUUCUCCUAAUUAUGCUAAGCAGCGGGCGUCGCCGGAAAUCGAAACGGCCAUGGAUUCUAUCAAGAUGGUGACUGGCCAAAGCCGCAAACUUGCUCUAAAUGGGGAUAGAGAAGGGGCAUUGGGGAAGCGCGCAGAGGAAAACCGCGCCGCCACCGCCGCCGUCGUCGAGAAGUUGCAGAAACCCAUCUGCGUCGAAACCAGCCGCCGAUCCGACUUGUGUGAGGCGGAGGGAGAUGUGAGAGUGCAAGGGAGCUCGCAGACCGUGUUCGUGCCCGCUACCUUGACGUCGCAGGAGUGGAAGGUGAAACCCUACGCCCGGAAGAACGACCAGUUCGCCCUCUCCAAUGUCAAGGAGUGGACGCUGAAGCCUUUUCCAGGUGACGACCCGCCCCCCUCCUGCACGGAGAACCACACUGUUCCGGCCGUCGUCUUCUCCACCGCCGGCUUCACCGGCAACCUUUUCCACGACUUCACCGACGUGCUGGUGCCGCUCUUCAUCACUGCCGGCCGCUUCGACGGCGAGGUCCAGUUCGUGGUGGCGGAAGCCAAGUCCUGGUGGCUGAGCAAGUUCGGCGCCAUCCUGAGCCAGCUCUCCAAGUACGAGGUCAUCGACGCCGACGCCGACGGCGGCGCGGUGCGGUGCUUCCCGCGAGUGAUCGCUGGGCUGAGCUUCCACAAGGAGCUCGGCGUGGAUCCCUCCAAGCCGCCCGGCGGAUCCCGGUCGAUGGCGGACUUCAAGGCGAUGCUCCGGCGAGCAUACGGGCUGGAGCGCGAGGCCGCGGAGCCGUCGGGGGACAGCGCGUGGGACGUGCGGCGGAAGCCGCGCCUGCUCAUCAUCUCGCGCCGGGGCUCCCGGAUGCUGCUCAACGAGAGGGGAAUGGCGGACAUGGCGAUGAGCCUGGGCUUCGACGUCCGCACGGCGGAGCCGGAGAUCGCCACCGACUUGGGGAAGUUCGCGCGCCUGGUGAACUCGGCCGACGUCAUGGUCGGCGUCCACGGCGCCGGCCUCACCAACCUGGUCUUCCUCCCCAAGGGCGCCGUCGUCAUCCAGGUGGUCCCCAUGGGGGACCUGACAUGGCUAGCCCGCGACACCUUCGGGAAUCCGGCGCCGGCGAUGGAGCUCCAUUACUUGGAAUACCUCAUCCAAGCCGACGAGAGCACGCUGAGCGAUCAGUACCCAAAAGACCACCCCGUCUUCACGGACCCGCAGUCGAUCCAUCGCAAAGGAUGGAACGAGCUCAGCAGAGUGUAUCUGGAGAACCAGAACGUGAAGCCUCAUCUGGGAAGACUGCGGCUUACGUUGUUGCAAGCUCUCGAGUUCCUCCCUCACACUAACAUCAACAAGAUGGCUCAGUGAUUUCUUCAAUUUCUUUCCAUUUUUUUGUUGUUUUUUUUUUGGGCCUAUUUACUGUCUAGAUGAUCUUAAUUAAGAAAACACCUUGUGAUUACAAAUAAAAGAGUGUUCGGUGAAAAGAUCGAUUUGCAUUAAA